AUGUCCGCUACCACUACCGAGACCACCCCCGCGGCUGCCGGCCCCGCCGCCGCCUCUCCCGUCCCCGAGGUCGAGGGACACAGGCCCAUGCGAUGGUGCUGGCGCGCGCGAUGGCCGGCCCGGCCCAUUCGGGAAAUGGGGGGAAGGCAGGAGGGAAGAUGGGAACGUGCACUGAUGGCAUCACAGGUCUAUGUCGGUAACCUCGCGUUCACUGCUACCGAGGAGCAGGUCAAGGAGCACUUUGACAAGGUUGGCGGUGAAAUCGUCUCAGUGAUUCUCCCCACCCGUCACAAGAGCCGUCGCCCCGCUGGCUACGCCUUUGUCACGUUCAAGGACGAGGCCGACGCCAACAAGGCGGUCGAGACGCUCAACGAGACUGAGAUUGGCGAGCGCAAGAUCCAGCUCGAGGUCGCUCGCUCCAAGGAGGAGAAUGCCGAGCGCAAGUCGGUCAUCCUCGAGAAGCGUCGCGAGGCCAAGGCGACCAAGGAGCCCAAGGAGGCCCAGGCUGCCGACGCCGCCGCCGAGACCAGCGAGGACAAGUCGGCCGACAAGGCUGACAAGCCCAAGAAGAAGUCGGCCAAGAAGGCUGGUCGUCGCCGUGGUCCCGAGGACGGCGACGACGCUGCCGAGGCUGAGGCCACUGGUGAGGCUGCUCCUGCCGCCACCAAGACCAGGAAGGCCCGGGCACCCAAGCAGCCAAAGGAGGGCGCCAACGGUGACGAGGCCGCCGAGAAGAAGGCCAAGGCCGAGCCUGCCGAGCGCAAGCCCCGCCUCCAGCUUACCGGCGAGACUAGCAAGACCACCGUCUUUGUCGCCAACCUUCCCUUCACGAUUGACGACGAGGGCCUCAGUGCCCUCUUCACCGACCUGUCCAUCAAGGUCAAGACCGCUCACGUUAUCCGUGGCCUCCGCCGCCUUCCCGGCCGUCGUCCCUUCCGCGGCUCCAAGGGCUUUGGCUUUGUCGAGCUCGACGACCCCACCCAGCAGCAGGAGGCCGUCGAGAAGAUCAACGGCUCGGCUAUUGGUGACCGCACCAUCACUGCCAAGAUUGCCCAAGAGAUGAAGCCCAUUGAAGAGAUCCAGGCUGAGGCCGACAAGGCCGACGCCGAGGCUGAGAAGGCCGAGACCGCCGCCGCGGCCUAA